AACUGCUACAUACCCUCUACUGACCCUUAAAAAUGGGAUGUGGAGUCCAGACCCUCUUCUCUUCUUUAUUAGCUUCAUUGGUUUUUGUUGAACUUUCUCUAUCCAUAUUACACUUCCUAGUUCCUACUUCCUUUAAAUUUUGGUUGCUUUAGAAAGAGAAGAGGGAUAUAAAUAGAAUGAAGAAGCCCAAUUUUGGUAAAGUUUUAGAUUGUUUUAGUACACUUUCUUCUUCUGGACCAGGAUCUUGUUUUUGCAUCAAUGAAUUUGGAGGCCAUGAUGAUGAUGACUUUGAAAAGAAGCCACUCAUGAAUAAUAAUUCCUCAGAUCAAGAUCAUCAGCAUUUGGUGAGAUUGAAGGAUGUUAUUAAUGUUGGACCUCCAACCCUGGCUUUCCAGUUGAAGCCUAAGAUAGUGGUGCUAAGAGUUUCCAUACACUGCAAUGGUUGUGCAAGGAAAGUCGAGAAACACAUCUCCAAAAUGGAAGGGGUGGAUAUGUACCAAGUAGAUUUGGAGACCAAGAAGGUUGUUGUUAUUGGAGACAUAGUACCUUUUCAAGUGUUGGAGAGUGUUUCGAAGGUUGUCAAAAAUGCUGAGCUUUCAAGUUGGAACACUGCUCACUAGCUUGCUAUAAUAUGGAACCAGUAUAUGUUGAAUUCUUCAAACAAGUAUUAAAGAAGGGGAAAAGAAAGAAGAAGAAAGAGCCAAAAAUAGUUCUGAUUAUGCAAUAAUGCAAUUAUGUACAUGUAUUCUAUAUCUUCAGCAUCAAAAUGGAGCAUCUGUACAUUAUUAAUUUGUGUCAGAAAAGAAGAAUUGCAUCAGCGUUUCAAUAUAUUUGUGAUUGAAGCGUAAUUGUUAUUGUUAUAGUAAAUAAUAUUAAAACGUUUUUACUGCUUA